CAAACUUAAUAUCAUUAAAAAAAUUAACACACGAGAAUAUUUUAGAAUUAUGUAAAUUAUAUUAACAUAUAAAUUACAAUUUAAUACUCAAAAUGUGUAUUAACUUGAACAAAAAUAAUUCACUCUUUGAUAAGACAAUUCACAUGUCUCAAAAAUAGUAUAAUGGAUAUUAAAAAUGUUUUCGAGAAUAUUCAGUUUGUGAAUCUCCCAAAUGUCAAAACUAAACUGACUGUAUCUACCUAGCUACCUAUCCACAUAAGGAGAACAAAAAUAAAGUUCUAUUUUAACCCGUAAAUAUGAGAAGAAGCCCCGAGAGUUUACUAGAACUUUCGUCGAGUGUAAUAUAAAAGCAAUCUCAAACCUCAAUCGUCCUCAAUUUUAAUCUGAAUCACUGUAAACCUAAAAAUGGGUGUUUAUAAUGAGGAAGCGGAAUCCUUCAAGAUUAAAGGCAACGACGCCUUCAAAAACGAUAAAUAUGAAGAUGCGAUAUCGUUUUAUUCGAAAGCUAUUAAUCUUGCAGAAAAAGACAGUCGAGAUAUGGCCACAUACUUGAAAAAUCGUGCAGCUGCCUAUCUGAAGACAAAUGAGUACAACAAAGUUAUUCAAGAUUGCGAUGAAUCAUUGAAAAUUGUGCCAGAAGAUCCCAAAGCGUUAUUUCGGCGUUCCCAAGCAUUGGAGAACUUACAGAGAUAUGAGGAAGCUUACAAAGAUGCAAAAGCUAUAUUUACCAUAGAUCCUGCAAAUAAAGCCAUACAACCAAUUUUGUCACGAUUGCAUGCUGUAGUACAAGAACGUGCGCGACAAAAUGCCCAAACGAGCAGUAAAGUGGAGCAAAUGUUUAAAUUGGCCUUUGACUUUAAUGAAAACAAAGAGAAACGAGAAAAAGCUAUGAGCAAUCUUUUAGUGCUUGCAAAAGAAAACUCUGGCGGGGAUAUUAUGUUAAAAAAUGGUAUAGUUUAUAAAAUUCAACAAUUGUUAAAGGUUGAGAAAAACUCUGAUAUAUACUGUAAUGCAGUGAGAAUUAUUAGUCAGUUAUGUAAAAGAAAUAUUGAUAGAACAAAGAGUAUUAUUAAAAUUGUUGGUGUUCCAUGGUUUUUGGAAAUCAUUGACAGUGAUAUUGAUGAACAAGUGAAUGUAGCUCAAUACUGUAUUCAACUCAUACUCAAUUCUUUCUCUGGAAUGGAUAAUAAAAAAGAUACAAAACCUGAUUCAAAACUUUGUGAGGAAAAUAAGAGUGAAAUAGAUGUACUUCUUACUUGUUUAACUUAUUCUAUUACAAACGCAGUUAUAACUGGUAAGGCUAGAGAUGCAAUUAUAGAGCUUAUAAUGAGAAAUUGUCAUUACAGUACCAUAAACUGGGCAGAGAGGUUUGUAGAAAUCAAAGGACUCCAUAGAUUGCUACAAGUGUGUAGUGAACUGGAGGAAUAUAAAUAUGAAUCUGCAAUGAAUAUUACACUUUCUUCAAGAACCAUCGCAGCUGCUUGUCUUGCUAGAAUAUAUGAGAAUAUGUACUAUGACCAAGCCAGAGAACGGUUCAACAACCAAGUGGAUGAAUUUGUUAAGGAUAAAUUAAUGUCACCCGAUCUUGAGUCUAAAGUAAGAGUUACAGUCGCCAUUACAUCAUUGUUACGUGGACCACUUGAUGUUGGAAAUUAUGUGAUUUCUAAAGAAGGCAUUUUAGAAAUGAUAUUAGUCAUGGCCCAAACAGAAGAUCUUCUACAGCAGAAGGUAGCAUGUGAAUGUAUCAUUGCUGCAGCUUCUAAGAAAGACAAGGCAAGAACAAUCAUCAAUAAGGGUGUGGACAUUUUAAAAAAGUUAUAUGUGUGCAAAAUUGAUGCUGUCAGAGUGAGAGCUCUAGUUGGAUUGUGUAAAGUUGGCAGUUUUGGAGGUGAUGAUGCAUCUAUUAGACCAUUUGCCGAUGGUUCUACGAAGAAAUUAGCAGAAGCUUGCAGAAAGUUUUUAAUAAAUCCAACAAAAGAUAAUGAUGUAAGAAAAUGGGCUGCUGAAGGCUUGUCUUAUCUGACUUUAGAUGCUGAUGUAAAAGAAGCAUUGGUUGAAGAUAAAGCAGCUAUUCAAGCUCUCAUUGAACUAGCAAAAUCUGGUGAUCAAUCAUGUUUGUAUGGUGUUGUCACUACACUGGUCAAUUUAUGUAAUGCAUAUGAUAAGCAGGAGGUAUUGCCAGAAAUGUUAGAACUGGCAAAGUUUGCUAAACAUCACAUACCGGAAGAACAUGAGUUGGAUGAUCCUGAUUUUAUUAAUAAAAGAAUCACAGUUCUUACCAAGGCUGGUGUCACAUCUGGGUUGGUAGCACUCUGUAAGACUGAAAGUGACAAUUCUCGAGAGCUGAUUGCUAGAGUUUUUAAUGCAAUUUGUGGUUUACAAGAGUUAAGGGGUAUAGUAGUUCAACAAGGAGGAGCAAAGGUAUUAAUACCAUUAUCAUUAGAAGGAACUCUUAAAGGUAAAAAGCAAGCUGCCCAAGCUUUGGCCAGAAUUGGGAUUACUAUUAAUCCAGAGGUUGCCUUCCCAGGUCAAAGGAAUUUAGAAGUUGUCAGGCCAUUAUUAUCACUUCUACAUCCAGAUUGCACUGCUCUUGAAAAUUUUGAAUCAAUGAUGGCUCUAUGUAACUUAGCUGGAAUGAAUGAAACUACUAGAAACAGAAUCCUCAAAGAAGGUGGUUUGGCUAAAAUUGAGCAUUAUUUAUAUGAAGAUCAUAUGAUGCUGCUUAGAGCUGCCACUCAAUGUAUUUGCAAUUUACUUCAGUCAGAUGAUGUGAUAAAAACAUUUGAGGGUAAUAAUGACAAAACAAAGUUUUUAUAUCUUUUAUGUCAAGAAGAGGAUGUUGAUACUGUAUUAGCUGCUGCAGGUGCCUUAUGCAUUUUGACUUCUGUCAGUAAAAUUUGUUGCAGAAAAUUGUUGGAUAUACAGCCUUGGUUAGAAACAUUAAGGUGUCUUCUUGCUAAUCCAGAUAAAGAAAUACAAUAUAGAGGUACUUAUAUACUGUAUAAUAUUAUAAAUGGUGAUAAAGACAUUGCAUUCAAAAUAUUUGAAACUGAUGUGAUGGAGAUAUUAAUGGCAUUGACCAAACUUCAGGAACCAGAACUAGAAAGGACCAAGCAACUUGCUCAAAAGUCUUUAAAUGCAGCUGAAAAAAUGGGUGUAAUACGAAAACCUGAUGAGGCACCAAUGAUGGAUCCAUUUGCAGAAGUUGAGGAUGAAGAGGAUCAGGAUAAUUAAUAAAUAAUGACUAAUAAUAUAAAUUAUCUCUUAUAAUAUGUUAUAUCUUAAUGUAUUUUUAAUUAAUUUAUAUUAAACUGACUAUUAAUAACAAA